AUGAACCACCUCCCUCACGCCUGGGGCCGUCCCAGAGACGACGUCUACGGCGCCUACGACCACUCCUACCUCCAGAACAGCGGCCCCAUCCAGCACACCCAACAACCCAUCGUGACGGGUACCAGCGUCGUGGCGGUUAAGUACAAGGAUGGCGUCGUCAUUGCGGCGGAUAACCUGGCAUCAUAUGGUUCGCUCGCGCGCUUCACCGACGUCAAGCGUCUGCGCAAGUUCAACGAGCGCGCCGUCAUCGGCUUCGGCGGCGACGUCUCGGACAUGCAAUACCUGGACCGGCUGCUGACGUCCGUGUCAAUCCGGGAAGACUACAACGCCGCGCAAGGGUCGAGCGACGCCACGGAGGGCGAGGACGCAUCGACGGAGACCAACAACACGCCGACGCUGCACGCCAAGAACCUGCACACGUACCUCAGCAAGGUGCUGUACAAGCGGCGCUCCGACUUCAACCCGCUCUGGAACCACGUGCUGGUGGCCGGCCUGGACGGCGAGGCGCGCCCCUUCCUCGCGAGCGCCGACCUGCUGGGCACGACGUUCAGCGCGCCCGCCCUGGCCACGGGCUUUGGCGCGCACCUGGCCGUGCCCGUCCUGCGCCGCGUCGUGCCGGACGAAAAGGCCGCGGAGCAGCUGACGCGCGAGCAGGCUAUCCAGACUGUCAAGGACUGCAUGAAGGUGCUGUUUUACCGCGACGCGCGCAGCUUGGACAAGUACAGCAUUGCGGUUGUCGAGGCCGCCGGCGUCGAGCUCAAGGAGAACGAGAAGCUCGAGAACCAGAGCUGGGAGUUUGCCGAGCGUAUUCGUGGCUACGGCACCCAGGUCAACUAA